AUGACUUAUAUUGGUCAAUUACCUGGAUUAUAUUGGGAUGAGGAAAAGUUAAAAUAUUUCCCGAUUACUAAGAAGAAGCCGAUAAUUGAUAAUACUACUAGUAAACCGGCAGAACCCGCUCGCCAAAUUCAAUUAACUCCAAAUCUAAUAAAAAAUCCCCAUCGAUUCAAUGAUGCAAUAAAUCUAUACCAUCAAACACUUGAUAGGAGGCUAAGAAAGCAACCUAAUGUAAAGAUAUACUCACAUUUUUAUCCUAUAUCUGCCGCAGCAAGUUUAGCCGAGCGGACGAUCGCUGUAGCAACAUCACAGCUUAAUUCACAAUUGCAAAAGUUUAAUUUGGAUACAGAGGAGAGAAAGUAUAUACUCGAAUCUAGUCCUGGUAGUGUCGAAAGUCUAAUCGCUAUUGAUAAUGAUGAUAAUAUCGGAGUCGUUAAAGUUGCUUACAAAUCGACUAAUUUGUAUAAAACUGAUUUCGACGGCCAAUCACUAGUGCAUUUACAUACUAUUAAUAAUUCAAACUAUUUUGAUAGUGAUUUCUUUGACAGAAGUUACUUGCUUGCCAUCGAUAAAACACUGAAUAGAAUAAACCAGCGUAGAGAAUUCGUGAAGUACAAGUCAGAUGUUGUUUCACUAUCUGCCUUAACAGAUAAUGAGACACUCUGUGGAUUGAGAAAUGGUAAUCUACAUCUUCACGAUUGGAGAAUGGGCAAUAGAGCGCAGCCUUCAGUGUGUUCUUUCGAUAGAACUGUUAAUAGACUGAAGAGGCUAAAAAAUGGUAACACGUUCGUAAUAUCAACAAUGAAUGAUGACCUACUAUUAUAUGAUAUACGUAUGAAUAGACUAACGUCAUCACUCAAAGGAAACAUUAACAAAACGGUAUUAAAGCAGCCAUUUAGUACGAUAUUGAAUGAUAGCUAUUUAGUAGUUGUUGGCGAAGAUACCAUUAUGAGAACCUGGUCACUGCGGACGUCAGAGUUGAUAAACAGCCAAGCGAUGAGCAACGUUAAUUAUAUAAAUAACUACGAGGAUAAUUUAUUAAUUUGUAAAUCAAAUCAAAUAGAAUUUAUUUCAUUCUAA